AUGAGUAAAGAAGAGUUCUUGAAGAUCCAGAAAUGUGUUCUCAAAGUUAACAUUCACUGUGAUGGAUGCAAGCACAAGGUCAAGAAAAUCUUGCAGAAAAUUGAAGGGGUUUUUACAACCGAGAUAGAUUCCGAACAGGGGAAGGUGACCGUUUCCGGCAAUGUCGACCCCUCUGUUCUGAUCAAGAAGCUCGCAAAAUCAGGGAAACAUGCAGAAGUUUGGGGCGCUCCGAAAACCAACAACAAUAAUCAGAACCAGAGCAACCUGGCCAAUCAGUUCAAAAACAUGCAACUUGAUAAUGGCAAAGGUGGGAAUAACAAAGCCCAGAACAACCAGAAGGGCGGCGGAGGCGGAGGAGGAGGAGGUAACAACAACCAGUCUAAAGGUGGACAACAAGGCCCGAACCCACAGCAACAGCAACAGCAACACCAACAGCAGCAAAUGCAGCAACUACAGCAGCUGCAACAGCUUCAGCAAAUGAAAGGAUUUCAAGAUCUGAAGUUGCCUCAAUUGAAAGGGAUGCAAAUGCCUCCUGGUUUUAAAGGGCCGAACCCACCUAACCAGAACCAGAAGGCCGUCAAAUUCGCGGAUUUGGAUGAUGAUGACAUGACUGAUGAUGAGUAUGAUGACCUUGAUGAUGAUGACGACUAUGACGACGACGAUUUUGAUGACGAGCUGGAUGAUCCUCGAAUGCCUCUCAAUAAGAUGAAGUCGGCGAUGGGUGGUGGUGGUGGUCAGGGGCUGCCUCCUAUGAUGAUGAAUGGGAUGAACCACCCUCAGAUGAUGAAUCCCCAGAAGGCUGGUGGUGGUCAACCGAAUGGUGGAAAGAAAGGUGGCGGAGGAGGGGGUGCGCCGGCUCAGGUGAAUUUGGGUGGUGGCGGCGGUGGAAAGAAAGGUGGUGGCGGUGGCGGAGAUCAUGGUCAAAAUCAAGCUGGCAAGAAUGGAGGGAAGAACAGUGGUGGGUUCCCCCCAAAUGGUGGUGGUGGGGCGCAGAACAAGAAUGGUCAGGGAGGCCAAGGUGGUGGUGGUGCUAAUGGGGGUAAUAAUGGCAAUGGAGCUAAAAAGGGUGGUGGAGGUGGUGGUAAUGGAGGAGGUGGUGGUGGUGGUGGAAUGAGUGAGGCUCAACUACAUGCUAUGAUGAGCCACCAGAACAUGGGUGGGAGACCUCAAGGCAUGCCUGGAGGUAAUGUGGGACAGCAGAUGCCUGGGAUGAGCCAGAUGAACAUGGCAAUGGGUCCAAUGGGAAGCAUGCCAAUGAGCCAAAUGGGUCAGAUGGGUCAAAUGCCGGCGGUUCAAGGUCUGCCGGCUGCCGCCAUGAAUGGCGGAGGCGGUGGUGGCCCCAGCGGCUACUUCCAAGGAGCCGGGCCUGAAGCCAUGGCUGGUAAUCCAUACCAGCAACAACAGUACAUGGCAGCAAUGCUGAACCAGCAAAGAGCUAUGGGCGGUGACAGGAAUUUCCAGCCUAUGAUGUACGCUAGGCCUCCUCCAGCAGUCAACUACAUGCCGCCACACCCUUACCCAUACCCUCCUCCAAAUGGCGGUGACCAUUACACUCAUUUCUUCAGCGAUGAGAACACUUCGAGCUGCAAUGUGAUGUGAAGCGAGAGCAAUCCACAGGAAAUUGGUUCUUGAUCUGCUGGGAAUUGGGUUAGCUGCUGAGUUUCUGGUGGUGCUUCAGUUCAUGGUUCCAAGGACUAGAAAUCUGAUGAUGCCAUAUUAUACAUGGAAAUGUUUUUUUUCCUUUAGUUUUAAUUUUCAUCUUUCAUCUUACCUUUUAUCCUAAGUUAUAUUAGGAUUAAUUAUCAAUAGGGGAGUAUCUAUAGAUAAUAUAAUUAAAGCUUCUAGGAGAGAAUGAUGGAGAUGUAAGUGGGGAAGAAAUAGUGUUUGAGAGCAUUCUCUUCUUUAUGAGAUGUUUAUAUGUGUUUAUAAGUUGCAGACAACAAUAAUAUGAACAAGAGAAUAUGGGUGAAGCAAAACAACCCCAUCUCUCUCUCUCUC